AUUAUGUGAUGUUACGUGUAGCACCCUAGUUUCGUGGUUACUCUAUAAAGACCAGAGCACCAAUCUCUUUAUCUUCAUUCUACUUCUACAUAUUCAAGAAAGACAUUAAUACUAAUAAGUGCGAAGUUGAUAACAGUUGUUGAUCUUAAAACAAUGGCGGGCGAAUUGGUUCUUCUUGAUUUUUGGCCAAGCAUGUUCGGGAUGAGGACGAAGAUGGCUUUGGCUGAGAAAGGAGUGAGUUAUGAGUACAUCGAGACAGAUCCAUGGACUAAGACUCCUUUACUCAUCGAGAUGAAUCCAAUUCAUAAGAAGAUUCCGGUUCUCAUCCACAAAGGUAAACCGAUCUGUGAAUCUCUUAUCCAGCUCGAGUACAUCGACGAGGUUUGGUCCGAUACAUACCCAAUACUCCCCUCUGAUCCUUACCAGAAAGCUCAAGCAAGGUUCUGGGCAGAUUUCAUCGACAAAAAGCUUUACGACCCAGCAUGGAAAAUAUGGGGAACAAAGGGAGAAGAUCAAGUUGCAGCCAAGAAAGAACUGAUUGAACAUUUCAAGACACUUGAAACAGAGCUUGGAGACAAAACUUACUACGGUGGGGAAGUGUUUGGGUUCCUAGACAUCGCGUUGAUGGGUUAUUACAGCUGGUUCAAAGCUAUGGAGAAGUUUGGUGAGUUUAGUUUCGAAACAGAGUUCCCAAAGCUGACUGAGUGGACCAAGAGGUGUUUAGAAAGAGAGAGCGUGGUUAAGGCAUUAGCUGAUUCUGACAAGAUUAUUGAGUAUGCUUAUGCCCUCAGGAAGAAGUUUGGAGCCGAGUAGAUGCUUUUGAUGUUUGCCUUACUUGGUCUGAACACACAAGGAAAGAAAAUGGUUCCGUAUCAAGACCAUUAUGUUCUGUUCUUAUGUGAAAUUUGUAUUUUCUCUCCUGUAUUUUCUUUGUUUGUGUACUUUCUAGCUUCUAAAAGCAUGAAAAUCCAUAAUAAAUAAAUGUUUGAAUUGAAUA